UACUCUUGAAGUUUAUUGGAAGAAGAAGAACUUCAUGUCCUGUGACUUCAGUGCUUAUUUGUAAUGGUGUUGUUAUUUGUGUAUUGCGUUGUGUCUAGUCGAAUUAAAAGAUGGCUGACAGUGCGAGUAAACAAUCAGAUAAAUUCCAAACUACAUGCUGACAUUCCAUGCUGGUUAUAUCGAAGUUGUAAAAACUAAGCGAACCUGACAUUGAGACGAUUAUUUCCCAGCCAUGUACAAUGUACAGAGUAAUUAGAAGACUUUUGCCGUUGCAGAUUGUUGCCUUUAACAUGUUCAGAAAUGAUGACUCUACUGGCGUAUCAGCGGCUAUUUCUACCAAGGUCUCCAAGCCCACACAUCGUCUGUAUGUAGACGUGAAGCCUACCCAGUGGCCAAUUGUAUACACGCCUGAGUACAACAUUGGAUUCCUGGGCCUGGAGAGGCUGCAUCCGUUCGAUUCAGGGAAAUGGGGACGAGUGGUGAACAUACUUAAAGAAAAGAAUAUGGUGCAGGACGACACACUAGUGAAGCCAAUAGAGGCCUCUGAGGAAGAUUUGCUUGUGGUUCAUUCCAAGAAAUACAUUGACUCACUUAAGCUUACAAGUAUAGUGGAGGGAACUGUUUUGAAAGAGUGGAGCAUCAAUGUAGCGGGCAUAGCAGAGGUGCCCCCUGUAGCAUUGCUGCCCAACUUCAUUGUCCAGCGGAAAUUACUGCGGCCUUUCCGAUACCAGACUGGGGGAACCAUUCUGGCCAGUAAGCUUGCAAUGGAGCGAGGGUGGGGCAUCAACAUCGGGGGUGGGUUCCACCACUGUUCCUCAGAUAGGGGCGGGGGUUUCUGCGCCUACGCUGAUAUCACACUCGCUGUGAAGUUCCUGUUCUCACACUGUCCCAAUGUCAAGCGGGCCAUGAUAGUCGAUCUUGAUGCACAUCAGGGCAAUGGGCAUGAGAGAGACUUCAUGGACGAUGACAGGGUGUAUAUCAUGGACGUCUAUAAUAGGGGCAUCUAUCCGCAUGAUGGCUACGCAAAAAAAGCUAUAAAGAAGAAAGUUGAAUUGCAAAGUUUUACAGAAGAUGAAGAUUACUUGAAAUUGGUAGCAGACAACCUUACUGAAGCCCUGUCAGAGUUCACCCCAGAUGUGAUUGUGUACAACGCUGGUACAGACAUCUUGGAGGGGGAUCCCCUCGGCCACCUGAACAUUUCAGCCAAGGGAAUUCUAAAGAGGGACGAGAUUGUUUUUGAACAUGCAAUAAAGCGCAAAAUUCCCAUCGUCAUGGUAACUAGUGGAGGUUACCAAAGGUCCACGGGGCAGAUAAUAGCGGACUCAAUUUUGAACCUGAAGGAAAGAGGUCUAAUCAGCUGUGCUGAGGCAGAAAGCUACAAGAAACCAGAGGUAAGUUCUUCUCCAGCAAGGUCUGACAGUGAGUGGGGGCUGUUUGCUAGACUCAAGAAGGCGUGCCUGUCGCCAGUGCCAUCAGUGCAGUCCAACCUGAGCGAUGCAGAAGGGACGGCAAACAUUAAACCAUCAAAAUCCUUACACGACGUUCAGCAACAGGAUGAUUGGACCACAGUUCCUGCAUCAAAAUCCUGCUCAAAUCUUUCAUGCGCGUUCAAAGAUGAAUCUGAUGUGGACAUAUCACACUUGCUGGGUCCGUCUGUCGCGCGUAAAUUUAAAGACUAAUAGCAGCUUAAAAAACACAAGAAUGGCAUCUACAAAAAAGCUUCAACUGGACAUCCUGUUUUACAAACAGAUUGUGUCCUUAUUAUAUUUGCCUAAAAAUAUUAAAAGUUUAGGUUAUUGUUAUUUUAUUGUAUUCCUCUUUAUUUUAUUGUUGUUUUGUUCAGUGUUAUUAUAUAUGAAACAAACAUAUAUGUUGAGCAUUGAAAAUGCGGUAUAUAUUGUUAAUUAUGUUCAUAUGUUAGACAAAAAAUAAUGUUCAUCCUAUUAUCAUUCACUUAUAAAGUAUCAUUUCCAAUGUGUUUUUUCAACACAGUGGGCAUACGCUUAUUGCCACGCCGUUCCGUUCCAGUGACUUAUCAAUUCACCUAUACCUUGAAAUAGCGCAUCAUCGUUGAGAAUGGAUAAAUCGUUUUAUAUGCAUAUUUUUUGUUUUGCCUUGUUUAAAAAUACUAACAAAAUUAUAGAUUAUGAAUAAAUGAGUAACAAGCAUUGACAAUUCUUUAUUUUUAAAUUGUGGCAUAAUAGUGAUAGUUUUAUACUUUUCUUUCGUUUUUGUAAAUUUUUGUUAAUUUUGUUGUAUUUUAGAAUAUUUUAAUGAAAUAAAUAUAAGAGAAAAA